AUGUCGUACCGCUCGACUGACGCCGGCACUCGAAACUGGAGCGACAGCGAUGGCGGUGAGCUGAGCGACUAUGACCAUCAGAGCUGGUCAGACUACGAGGCUGGCUAUGACUACGAAGGAUCUGAAGAUGCUGGUCCAGCUGCUGAGAGCGAGUACGGCAAGGACGACGAGAAACAGAGCGAGCUCGAAGAGGAGGAUGACCCGGAACCGAUCGAAACGGUAGCGGCAGAACCGGAGUCAAAACUCGCAACAGCCAUGAAAGCCAACAGACGCGUCAUCAAAGAUCUCAUGAAGAUCAGCCGUAUCAAAUGGGAAGAAAACAUCGAAGAAGCCGACGAAUCCCACGCAGCAGAAAUCAAGUCACUAGGCGAACGGCGCGAACAAAUCAAGGGACACGAGCACAUCCUACGCAAACGUACCAGAGUUCACAAGCGCUUCCGUCGAGCUGUCGCUCCGAUCCACAACGCACUUCGCAAGGAAGACCAUCAAGAGUGCAUUCUCAUCUCAGAGUUCUUCGACGCGGUUAAAACUGAGAGGACGGCUAUCGAACUUAGGCGGGCUGACAAGAUCAAGAAGGCUGAAGAGGUACAUGUGCAGGAGUAUGAGGCGCUGGUUGAGCUGCUGCGAGGCCUUCAGGUCAUGGCUAGGCUUUCUGGUGUUGAGCUUGAUGUGGAGGAGGAUGGAGAUGAUUGA